UGUGGGCUAAAGCGACCGCCGUGGUUGGCCCAGGAAGAAGGCGGGGUUAAGGAGUCGGAGAGGAAAGGCGCUUGAUCGGCGCAGGGGCCUGCUUGCCCGGGGAUAAAGUCCAAUUUGUGGGGAGGGAAGAAGCGAGAACAACGGCUUCUACCGGAGAGUAACCUUGGAGGAAUACACCUUUUAAGAGAUGUCUUCGCUGAAGGGUAAAGUCCAAACUGUGUUGGGCCUUAUAGAGCCUAGCCAGCUUGGCUACACUAUGACCCAUGAGCACUUGACAAUGAACUACAGCUGCUGUUACUUCCCACCUCCUUCAGGCCAGGAAGCACUAUCUGAAACACCCAUUGAGAUGAAGAAUUUGUUUUGGCUUAAGCAGAAUCCUUAUAGCCACAAAGAGAAUCUUCUCCUGUGUCAAGAGAUAAAUGCUGUGAGGGAAGAGCUGUUGCAUUACAAAGCUGCAGGUGGUGGGACCAUAGUGGAAAAUACAACCACUGGGAUCAAGAGAGAUGUGAAGGCCCUAAAACAGCUUGCAGAAGAAACGGGUGUCCAUAUUAUUGCUGGAGCUGGUUUUUAUGUGGAUGCCACUCAUUCUCCUGAAACACGAGCUAUGUCUGUGGAGCAGCUGACAGAGGUUAUAGUUAAUGAAGUUCUAAAUGGAGCUGAUGAAACCAACAUAAAAUGUGGUGUAAUAGGAGAAAUUGGCUGCUCUUGGCCUCUGACAGAGGGUGAAAACAAAGUACUUCAGGCGACAGCACAUGCCCAGUCACAGCUUGGCUGCCCUGUCAUAAUUCAUCCUGGCAGGAAUAGUGAUUCACCUUUCCAGAUCAUUCGAAUUUUGCAGGAAGCUGGGGCUGAUGUCUCAAAAACCGUCAUGUCUCACAUGGACAGGACUAUAUUUGAUGAGAAGAAACUGCUGGAGUUUGCUCAGCUUGGAUGCUACUUAGAAUAUGACCUCUUUGGAACAGAAUUCAUUUUCUACCAAAUGAAUCCUGAUAUUGAUAUGCCAAGUGACAAUGAAAGAACUUUAAGGGUUCGGAUGUUGAUUGAUGAAGGCUAUGAAGACAAAGUUGUGAUUGCUCAUGACAUACACACAAAAAAUAGAUUGAAAAAAUACGGGGGUCAUGGAUAUGCUCAUAUACUUGAAAACAUAGUACCAAAAAUGUUAGUUAGAGGCAUAUCUCAAAAUAAGAUUGAUAAGUUAUUGGUAGAAAAUCCCAAACAAUGGUUGACUUUUAAAUAGGGACUUUUAAGUAUUUGUGUGACUAGAUUUCUUCUGUGAAACUGGUAAAUUGAAACCUAAAUUCUUUGGAAAAAAACUGCAGUAUUAGUAAGGCUCCUGCAAAUCUGGCAUCUAGAGUAGAAUAAGGACAUCAUAUACCUACUGUCUAUGCCCAUCCCUCUCCAUAGUUUCUGAUCCAGUGGGUGGGGGCAGUUUUUAAACCACAGCUUUGCUAAAGGGUCAUUUUAUCUGCAUAAGUAUUUGCUUGGCAAGUAUGGUAGAUUCAUAUCACUCUGUUCCACAUACUAUUUUUCCUAAAAUCACCAUUGCCUGCUUUAAAUACUCCCAACAGCCUUGAACAGCCUGAUGCUGUGCAAGGGCCAAGACUGAUGUAGUAAUUAUGAUGGCUUCUGCUGCCUUGUUCUGGAGUUAAGCCCCAGAACUGUUGCUAGACACUUACUCUUAAUCCUAGCCGGGAUCCCGUAACCCUCAUCUGCGUGCCUAAGCCCUUUAAUGCAUACACAGGAAUUUCCCCUUUUUUUCUUUCAGCUUCACUCCUGUGAUGACACUGGAAAGCAUGGAUGGGAACCUUUGACCUUCCAGAUGUUGUGGGACUACCACUCCCAUCAUUCCUGACCAUUGGCUAUGCUGGCUGGGGUUGAUGGGAGUUGUGUUCCAAUAAUAUAUGCAGGGCUACAGGUUUCCCAUCCCUGUUCUAGUGUCACUGAUAUUAAUGAGGGUCUGCUGAAGAAAAGGAAGGAAUCAUGAGUGCAAAGAGAAACGUGAGAAUAUUUGGUCAACUUUUCUUGAAACAUAUGCAUCAUGGUCAGUAGCCCAGUAUAUUUGUAUUUCUAAUUUAUAUGAUCAAAACACCUUACCCAUGCCUCCUUCCCUAUUUUGAUUUUUCCUUUUUAUAUUUUGUUGGAAUUUUACUAUUGUGUUUAAAAAAUUAGUUAAAGAUAUGAUUAGGGCUAUAAGUAAAAAUUGAGGUAGCAUUUUCUAAAAAAAUCUGGGUGUUUUGAAGAUGUAUCAGCUGCACUGCUUGAAGAAUUUCCCAUGCAUGCAUAUUUAUUUCCAAAUAAAAUGACUGCCGUCUCAGAAUUCCACAGCCCUAUCCAUGUUAACUCAGAUGUAAGCCCCACUUAAUUCAAUGGAGCUUAUUCCCAAAUAGGUGUGUGCAGGGGUGCAGACUGCUUCCCUCUGAAAUGAUUUUUAUCCUACUAUUGAUGCUUCCAUUAAUUAUCCACUAAUUAUUAUUUAAUUAUUGUUGUUUACAAAACCAUGCUUAAAUGAUAUGUGCAUAAAAUUGAAGAUAACAAUUGAAGCUUAAAAAUACUACAUUGGUGAGUUACAAACUGAAAAUAUUUUUAAAUAGCAUUUUAAGGGAUGGAAUGGAAAAUAGUAUCUACGUGAAUAAAAUCAUUUGAAAGCCUCUAAUGCACACUAGCCUCAAGUGAAAACACUAGUGAGUACUUAAAUCUCACUGAAAAUCAGUUGCUGAAACCUCAUAGAAUGAGGUGUCCUUACUUAGAUUUAAACAUGCUUACCUCUGUGUCAAAUAUUGGUCAGUGUGCUUAAGUGAAACAAAAUCUUGUUUAUUGUAUUAUGGGAUAACAAUGGAGCUAAAUUUCACUCUUAUGCUUUUAGAAAUGUUUGUCACAAAUUAUUGUGAAGAGAUAAUACCAAAAAUCUAAAUAUGUAAUAACAAUUUAAUGAGCUAAUGUACCCAAGCCUAUAAUUUACAAAUCAGUUUGUCAAGAUGUGGUUUAAAAGAGAAAAGUUUGCUUUUUCAUUGUUUCUGUCAUUCUAACCAGAGAGACAUGCUGAUUUAGCUAAAGAAAGUGUUACCUGUUUUAAAAUGUGAGUCUAACAUCCUGUGGCAAUAAAUUACCAGUGUUUCA